AAGGUCACAUCGACAAAGAGAACCACCUGGGGAAGUACAACGACCAAGGCGGCGUGGACAAGCACCACCACGACGAGACCGGGCACUACGGCGCCCACCACCACGAGGAGCAUGGGAAGAAACAGGCUAAGUACGAGGAAUCAGGCAAGCAUUCCAAAGGUCACAGCACAAAGGGAAGUCACGAUAUCCACAAAAAAGAAGAAUACGAGAAGAAAGUCGAAUUCUUCGAGGAAGAAGGAGAUUCUGAUGAAGAGGAGAAGCACGGCGGAUAUCAUAACGAACGAGAACAUAAAGGGGGCGGUCACUUCAAGAAGGGUGACGCGGCUGCCGGGCACCAACACCACUCAACGGGCAAGGGCGGCCACUUCGGGAAGGGAGGUCAUGAGCACGCACAUAAGGGUCACAAAUCCGCCGCCGGCCACGACCACCACGGGAAACAUGGAAACGAUCACUUCCAGAAAGGCGGAAAAGAGGGCAGCAAGAAAUGGGUGUACCAUCAUGGACAUCCAGCCAAGACGGCGAAUUUGGUCCUUGUCGACAAAAGAGCGGAUAGGUACUUCCAUGGACCUCAGUAUUAUGGUUGAAUUUAGCACUUUAGAUCAAAAUUCACUUGUCUAUUUUAUCAUAUCACUUGCGCUGGUUAUUAAAUUGAUGUAAUAGUAUUUUUAUAUGUCAUAGAUUUAAGGUUGAAAAUUCAG